ACUAACCAGCCUUCUAUGGCCGCUGCUGCAGCACAGUUUCUACUUUUAUGAUCUUCAACCAGGUUUUUCGUUUGGUUUUAUGCUCGUUUUUUGUUUUUUUUUACUAAAUGAUGGAUCACAGCAGAUCACCUGACAGAGUUGGCCGAGAGAAAAAACUCGAGAAGAAGAAGAAACGGAGACGGUCCCCCUCCUCUUCUUCUUCAUCAUCGUCGUCUUCCUCAUCCGGCAGCAGCAGGAGUCGAAGCAGAUCGUCAAAGAAAACAUCACUCAAAAGUCAAGAUGUAAAAACACAAAAAAAGAAGCGCAGAAGCUCCUCUUCCUCUUCUUCAUCCUCCUCUUCUUCCUCCUCUUCUUCAUCCUCGUCGAGUGACGAAAAGACAAAGAAGAAGAAGAAGAAAAGUAAAUCCAAGAAAAGUAAGUCGAAGAAGAAAAAGGCAAAGCUGAAGAAGCAGAAGAAAAAGGAUAAAAAGAAGAAAGAGAAGCUGAAGAAGAAAGAGAAAGAGAAGGAGAAGAAGAAAGCAGAGGUGGUGUUGCCCAGUCCUCCAGUGGAGAAGCCUCCAUCUUACCUGGAGGUGUGGCAGAGUGAUGAGGGGGCAGUGGAGCUGGGACCUGUGAUGACCGAUGAGCAGAAGGCCCGACUCUCCACUAAGAGGCCCCUCACCAAAGAGGAGUACGAGGCCAGACAGAGUGUGAUCCGCAGGGUGGUGGACCCAGAAUCCGGACGCACCAGAUUGGUGAGAGGAGAAGGAGAGAUCAUAGAGGAGAUGGUCAGCCGAGAAAAACACAAAGAAAUCAACAAGCAAGCCACCAAGGGAGACGGGAAUGCCUUCCAGAGGAAACUGGGAGUCAACAGGUAGAAGUUGCCAUGAUCAACUUCAGGAGCCUCAAUAAGAUGAAGUUUCUAUCAUACUUCAGUUGCCUGUGAUUUCAUUGUACAGUAGUGAAGGUACAAAAUUCUAGGCACGUGUACUCUGGGGAUGUACACUAAUGUUUUUUCCCAGGAAAAGCCAGUAUCCUAUUGAUUUGCCUUAUCUGUGCUGGAGUUAGUUAACAACUUUAAUGUGUUGAGUCUACUGACAUCUGCAAAAGGAACUCUUCGCAAGGAAGAUGUGCAAAUUCGCUGUUUAAUGCUUAUUUAUUUUCUCCAUGUUUUAAAGCAAAGCAUUUUAGUGAGCACAUUUAAGGUUAUAUCCUGUAAGUAAUGUUGUCAGUUUUUGUUACUCAAACAAUGUGUGACUACAAACAGUCUGACCGUUCAAAUGUUUUUCUUCAUUUGAAAUCAAACUAUUAAUGUUGUAAUAAAAAUCAAAGACAUUA